GGCGCCGUGACAAUGGAAAACAGGCAUGAGAACAUGGAAAGAAGCCCAGAGACAUGGUCUCAGCAGUAAUUGCUCCGAGGACUUGAGCAACUACGGCAAGUCGAGGGUAAUAAGAACAACGCCAAAGCGCGCAUUAUCUAUGGUAGAAACAUCUCGGAAGACUGCAUACUAUGUUUUGUCUGGUGGCGCAUGUGGUCGCGCUUUGGCUUCAGCAAACACAUCUGCAAUCAGCAAGAGGGGGUUUCGUGUUUCGACACGUAGGCAGCUAUUUAGAUUCUCAAUAUGACCGAUUCACAAACCCGAAGUCUAUGUCUUUAAUCAACUUGGAGGAGCUACCCAA